GCUCCGCGCUGCCUUUUGCGCACGGACAGCUCUCCGUGCUCCAGCUCGUGUCUGCAUCGGUCCACUCCUCUGAGGACUCCACCGCCACCUCCAGCCUCAACACUUCUUUUUUUUAUCUUCAGUAAUUAGUGUCGCGUUAAGCUCGGACUUAAUCACAGUGUGAUUCAAAAAUUUUUGGGCUCAUGGGGGAUUUAGAGUCGUGACAUGCUUUCAGGAGCCGGCGUCUCCACAGAGAAAUGGGAUUCUCUGCACUUAUGGUCACAUGAAUGUCAGCGCUGCAGGCCAGAUGCCGGUGAUGGAGGAACUUGUCAGUGAGAGCGACAGCAUGCCAAAGCGGAUGGCUCUGAUCUGCUUCCUGUCUCUGGUCAUGCUGAUGAGCAUCCUGGGAAACCUGCUGGUCAUGACGGCCGUCUGCAAGGACAGACAACUCAGGAAAAUCAAGACCAAUUACUUCAUCGUGUCUCUGGCGUUUGCUGACUUGCUCGUGUCGGUGCUGGUGAUGCCGUUCGGCGCCAUCGAGCUCGUCCACCAGCACUGGAUCUACGGCGAGACUUUCUGUCUGGUCCGGACGUCGCUGGACGUCCUGCUGACCACGGCGUCCAUCCUGCACCUGUGCUGCAUCGCCCUGGACAGGUACUAUGCUAUCUGCUGCCAGCCGCUGGUCUACAGAAACAAGAUGACACCGAUGCGAGUUGCUCUGAUGAUCGGCGGCUGCUGGGUCAUUCCGACCUUCAUCUCCUUCCUGCCCAUCAUGCAGGGCUGGAACAGCAUCGGCAUCGACCACCUGAUCGAGCAGCGGCGUCACAGUGAUGCCAGCAACUCCACAUCCUGCGUGUUCAUGGUCAACAAGCCGUACGCCCUCACCUGCUCUGUGGUGGCCUUCUACAUCCCCCUGGUCCUCAUGGUGCUGGCCUACCAGAGGAUCUACAUCACGGCCCGUGCACACGCCCUACAGAUCAGCAUGCUGCAGAGGGCGGGCGCCACCUCAUCGUCGGACUCUGCCGACCAUCAACGCAACCACCGCAUGCGAACAGAAACAAAGGCGGCAAAGACCCUGUGCAUCAUCAUGGGCUGCUUCUGCCUCUGCUGGGCACCGUUCUUUGUCACCAACGUGGUGGACCCCUUUAUAGACUACACAGUGCCGGACAAGUUGUGGGUCGCUUGCCUCUGGCUGGGCUACAUCAACUCCAUGCUAAACCCCAUCCUCUACGCCUUCCUCAACAAGUCCUUCCGCCGUGCCUUCCUCAUCAUCCUGUGCUGUGGGAGGAAGAGGUACCGCAGGCCGUCCAUCCUGGGCUCCGCCGCCCCCUGCACAGCAACGCAGAUCAACGGAUCCACACACGUACUCAAAUAUUCUGUGCUUCACAACGGGAACCACACGGCACAGGAGAAGAAGUGUCUUCACAGCGAGUCCUGCUUGUGACCAACGACGACUCCUCCUCAGUCACAUCUCCUUUAUCGACCUCGGCUCUGCCCGCCGUCACCACAGCGGCUGACGGAAACAAAACCUCGGCCUUCAAACAUCCAGAGCUGAAACGCAACACAGACGCUAAAACCCGGCAGAGCUCCAAACCUGAGCCUCGAGGUGAUUUCAGGGAUCCGGGAGAGGAAUGUGUUUUUGCCUGGGGUGCAUGAAGGUUUUGAAGCUCAGCUGAAACUCGUCUCUAAACUGGGCAGGAACUGGAACACAACCAGUUCUCUCCUUGUUGCUGAUUCCUCCGAGACGUAGGUGGCCCAGUCAAACUGAAGCGACUGCCAGAACACGACUGUGAAUGGAUCAGCCGGCCUGCCGCUCGCUCCCUGUAAAGUCCAGCGUGUCCUGUGGAGAACCAGCGGCUUCCGUGGCUCGUGUAGGAGAAUUUCACAGCACGAGAUGUGUUUAAUGACUUUGUUGGGGAGUCAGGGAAGUGAAAUAUGU